UUGUAACUGAAUGAUGGCUUACAUAAGGGCUGAACGACGAGCGCUCGGUAAUCUAAGAACCCUCCUCCUCCUCCUCAUCAUCAUCAUCGUCUUCCUCGCGGAGGAGCAACAGUGAUGAAGAUCGUGGCUUCAGUAAAACAUUUUCGAGCUUUUCUCUACCCGACAUAUGUGUGUGAAUCUGAGGGAAUCUUUAAUGCUCAUCUUUGAGUGUGUUCUGCUGCCUCCCGAAUCCCGCACCGUCUCCAUGGAGACCCGCCGACCGCGCGCUCAGAAGCGCGAGUGAAACCUUCAAAAUCCCGUCGAGCUCGCGGACCGGCGCCAGAACCUUCCAGAAAUCCAGAUGGAGCAGGAUGUCGAGAGCACCGUCACAGUUCGACAGCCCAAGCUGCCCAAGCAGUCGUGGGACGAUGUCCCCAAACCUCUGCAGGAUAAGGAGCGCGUCAAGCAGAAGAUCCAGCGCUACGUCCGCAAAGACGGCAAGUGCAACGUGCAUCACGGAAACGUGCGGGAGACCUACCGCUACCUGACGGACAUCUUCACCACACUGGUGGACCUCAAGUGGAGGUUCAACCUGUUUAUCUUCGUGCUGGUUUACACCGUGACGUGGCUGUUCUUCGGCUUCAUGUGGUGGCUGAUCGCUUACAUACGAGGAGAUCUGGAGCACAUAGGAGACAACCAGUGGACUCCUUGCGUCAACAACCUCAACGGCUUCGUGUCGGCGUUCUUGUUCUCGAUAGAGACGGAGACGACCAUCGGCUACGGCCACAGGGUGAUCACUGACAAGUGCCCCGAGGGCAUCUUGCUGCUGCUGGUGCAGUCGGUGCUGGGCUCCAUCGUCAACGCCUUCAUGGUGGGCUGCAUGUUCGUGAAGAUCUCGCAGCCAAAGAAGCGCGCCGAGACUCUGGUGUUCUCCACCAACGCCGUCAUCUCCAUGCGUGACGGCCGUCUUUGUCUGAUGUUUCGUGUCGGAGACCUGCGGAACUCACACAUCGUGGAGGCGUCCAUUAGAGCCAAACUGAUCAAGUCCAAACAGACCAAGGAGGGAGAGUUCAUCCCUCUCAAUCAGACAGACAUGAACGUGGGAUACGACACCGGAGACGACCGGCUCUUCCUGGUGUCUCCGCUCAUCAUCUGCCACGAGAUCAAUCAGCACAGCCCCUUCUGGGAGAUCUCCAAAGAGCACCUGGCCCAUGAGGAGCUGGAGAUCGUGGUGAUCCUGGAGGGCAUGGUGGAGGCCACAGGGAUGACGUGUCAGGCGCGCAGCUCGUAUGUGGCCAGCGAGAUCAAGUGGGGCUACCGCUUCACGCCCGUCCUGACCCUGGAGGACGGUUUCUACGAGGUCGACUACAACAGCUUCCACGACAUCUACGAGACCAACACUCCCAGCUGCAGCGCGCGAGAGCUGACCGAGAUGACCGCGCGCUCCCGUCUGCCUCUCACCUGGUCAGUGUCCAGCAGACUGAGCACACAGGGGCUGCCGGACUCUCAGGAGAAGAGCAGCAGCGAGGCCGAGGAGCAGGUGGAGAGGAACGGAGACGUCGCCAACAUGGAGAGCGAGUCCAAAGUGUAGGAGCACACGCGCAUCUCUCCUCGCCUCUGCGCCGAUCAGGUCAGAGGUCAGCUCAGGAAAGCGCCCCGAGGCGGCACACGGACCCCAUCUCACGCGCUUCUCUUUUUCUCGCCCCAAAGGAUGUGCGCGGGCGACUGCAUGGUUCCCGAAACCAGUUUUUUCUUAAAGAUAGGAAAUGAUAUUUUCAGAUUUGUAAUUCAAAGAUUAAAACCUAUAUAUGUAUAUGAAUAUAUAUAUAGAUCUAUUCUAGGGCAUUUGCAUUUGUAUUUUUUGUAUAUAUCUAUUGGGUGUGAGGUUGUUUGAUACGAUGCCGAGUCGUAUAUUCUGCCUUCUGGAAUAGCGACAGACAUAUUUAUCCACGCAUGUACAGACGGUCCUGCAGUCGACUGACUCUGAUGUACAUAGUUUGAGUACUGUACGUCAUACUAGCAGACUCACAGGAGAUCCGCACCGGAUGCAAAAGAGGACGGCAAUGCGCUCGUGUUGCAUGGGAUUGUGGGGCUGAUGAUGGUGUGUGUGUGUGAGCGUGUGUAAACAUGCAUGUGUUCCCCAAUAACCUUCCGUACCGUCAUCAGCCAUGAGCUUUCUCUCCUUUAACUCAUACUCAUAACUGCAUGAAGAUCUUCAAACGGAGCUGAUGCUUGACGUCUGCGAGCGUGUCCGUUUGCGCGAGUCUCUCUUCUGUGUUUGUUUUUGUUUGUUUGGUCGAACAGAAGCAGCAGACGUGAGUUUGACCACGAGACACACGAGACCAAAGAGCCGAACCCUCACAUCACUAACGAUUACAGCGCGUGAACGCUACCGAUGUAUUUCAUUUCACGCAAAUGUAAACGGGGCUGCUGCGCGGCUGUCGCUCUACAUUUCUAAUGGAGAUCACACACAAAACACAUCCGAGAGAUUUAUUGACAGAUAGUUGUGUAGUGUGAAAAGAACAGUGAUCUGAUGACUUUAACUCUUUCCCCGCCAGCGUUUUUGAUUAUUUUCAUGGCCCCCAGAAUAUUUUGUUGUAUGAACAUGCAGUACAUCAAAAUAAAGUAUAGAGCCUCUCCUUUAAACAAAACCCGUUUUAUUCUCGCUUCAUGCAUUCUUUGCCUCCUACUGAAUAACACAAAGCAUGGAAAUACGAGUCAUUUUAUUUCACGGUAACGAUGUAUCACAAGUUAUUUUUGCUUUAAAUAAGGUCUUUAUGAUAUCAACAUUUUUGUUACCAUAGAAAUUUCAUAAAUCUUGUCACCAGUGUCAGUACUCUAGCGUGCACAUAUAGCGAAAUGAGUUCUCUUUCACGGAUUGCAUUUCAGCUGCUUAAAAUCAUUUAUUUUUAAACUGCAAUGCUUAAGACGCCCCCCCCGAUUCUGUCAGUGGCGGGGAAAGAGUUAAAGGUUGUGUACUUUAUGUGCAGCAUUAGCCAGCUAACAGUAAACGAACAAACAUUCUUCUAGUAUAGGUAACAUAACAUUCGUUCAAAAUGAUCUGGUCUACAAUAU